UAAUAUUAAUUGCGCAAUAGUUUUGUGUGAAAGAAUCGGACGAUUUUUGUAUUUGUUUACUUGUUCAAAAAGCAAAAAAAAAAGAACUGUGUGAGCGAAUGUAGUUCUGAAGGAAAAAAAGCGUCUGGUUGUGAAAAAGACAGCUUGUGCGAAGAAGCGGGGAGCCGAAGAAGUCGUCGAUUUAAAAAGAGCGGAGCGCCAAAUUUUCGGCACAUUUUCGUUCCGACUUCGGCGAGAUGAUGACCAUGGAAGGUGUUAGAUAUUCCGGUGAAGCAUCGAUGGAUUCGAUCGAAGAAGAGACUACUGAACAGAUGAUGAGGAUGCGUUUGUUGGCUCUGGUGAAGAGGACCGGUUACAGGAUGAUCCAGACGAACGGACAAAGAGUUUACUCCGCUCCGGACGCGGACGCUCCACCGAAGAAGGGAUGCGAAGUCUUCGUGGGAAAGUUACCGAGGAACAUGUUCGAAGAUGAGAUUGUUGAAAUCUUCGAGCAGAUCGGUCCCAUUUACCAGUUGCGUUUGAUGAUGGAUUUCUCGGGGAUGAAUCGUGGCUUCGCUUUCGUUUCUUAUUACAGUCAAGAGUUUGCCAAUUUGGCUGUGGAUAAUCUGCACGAUGCGACGGUGAGGAGCGGUAAACGGAUCGGGGUUUACAAGUCGAUCGACAACUGUAGGCUCUUCAUCGGUGGGAUUCCGAAGAACAUCGGUAAGGAGGAGGUUUAUCAAGGGCUCAGCGUGUACGUGGAGGGCAUCAAGGAGGUGAUCAUGUAUUUCUCGAGGCUCGAACGUGGGCAGAAUCGUGGAUUCGUUUUCGUCGAGUUCGAGGAGCAUCGAUUGGCCGCGAUGGCUAGAAGGAAGUUGGCACCUGGAUCUGUUAUUAUGUGGGGUGUUCCGAUCCUGGUCGACUGGGCUGAUCCACUUCCAGAUGUCAACCCCAGCAUCAUGGCCAAGGUAAAAACAUACAUUUUUUUUUUUAGUUUUAUUACCAAAAUAUUGACAUGUUUCUCUCCAAUUGUCAUUAAUUUCCAUGAGUCUACAAUGAUUUACAUUAGAAUUUAUUAUUCCAUUUCUUUAUCACUUUUAUUUGGGAAUUUCAAUCUCUUUCAGAUUUCCAAACUCUAUUUGAGAAAUUUGGACCUGGAGUCACCGAACGAAGCGCUCCAAGCUUUCUUAUCUUUACACGUGGACAUGAGAAAGGUAAUCAAGUUGCACAAGAUUAUGGACUUUGCCUUCGUCCAUUUCGUCAAUAGAGAAUCAGCCGAGGAAGCCCUCUACACUUUGCACGGUCUUUAUUGGAAAGACAGCCUAAUCGAAGUCACCUGGGCUCGCCCGAAAUUCUGCAGCAAAGUUUCCAGAUUGACCACACCACCAGAUCAUUUCUGCACAUCUCUUCCUCCGCGUAUUCGUAAGCAAGUCAUCAAGAUGAAGCAGGAGAAGAUCAAGAAAAGCGAUCCGCAAAGAUCGUUCGGAAUGUGGUCUCAAUCCGAUGAAUCUCCUCUUUCACCACAAUCAUCCACGGAUUCUGCUGGAUCCAGCAGCAGAUGUCUUCUGCACGUCGGCAUGAGACCGCAGGAUAGUUUCUAUUCCGGCUUCAAUAGCGGUUACAACAUCCAACAGCCGACCAAAAUGAUGAUGAGCGACGCUUUCGGUAGAGAUUUACGUACUCCGAUCCUCCGUUGA